CACACACACAAUGUCGCCCUCCAGAGCACCACCACCCAAGACCGUCAAGCCCGAAGAGUCCAACCCGCGCGGCGUGCCCAAGGCCGUCUUCCUCGAGGACGUGACUGAGUACAUCGGCGGCCCUGAAGGCGACGCAGAGCUCGCCCUCAAGACGCUCCAGGACACGCUCGCCAAGUACAAGUUCAUGGAGCAGUCGAGCCUGCAGCGGCGAGCUGGGCUCGAGGAGAAGGUCCCCGAGCUGGAGCGCACCAUCGAGAUGGUCGACCUGCUCAUCCGCAAGAAGGAGCAAUCCGAGCCGUUCGAGACGACGUUCGAGCUCGCCGACACGCUGUACGCCAAGGGCGAGGUUGAGGAGGUCGAGGAGGUCUACAUCUGGCUCGGCGCCUCGACCAUGCUCUCCUACCCUCUACCCGAAGCCCACGCCCUCCUCACUUCCAAGCUCUCGAGCGCACGCACGUCGCUGUCGACCGUCAAGGAGGAUCUCGCGUUCCUGCGCGACCAGAUCACGGUCACCGAGGUCAACGUCGCGAGGGUGUACAACUGGGACGUCGCGAGGCGGAGGGAGAGGCGGCUCAGGGGGGAGGAGGAGGGUGCCAAGACGGGCAAGGGUGCGGGUGCGCCGCGAGAUGACGACGACGAGGACGAGGAGGACGACUUGGACUGAGGGGCGCGUCCUCGCCUCGAGGCUGUACGACCGACGCUGCAUCGCAGGUUUCUCUCUCUGUC